AACAUCAAAGUUCAGCUCGGUUUCAGGAAGGAAACUAUUUAAUUCUUCGUCGAAUAUCCAAGAGACGUAUGGCAAAUUGUAAUCGCCUAUCACUAACAAUGAAUCAUUUGGCGAAAGCUGCUCGGAUAGUUGUUCGAUACAAAGAGUGUGAGAUUUGUAGCUGGAAGCACUCGAAUCCGGACUCAAGUAAACUGCACAAAUAAUCAAUGAAAAUGAGCCGAGUUUGAUGCGUACACACGUUUGCUCGAGAUGUAAACUGUGACAAAGAGGUACUUCACUACACGAGAGGGACGGUCUUACGGCAAUGAGGACCCCUCCCCCUCUUCCAAGAAUGCUAGUCUGAGAAGAGCGAUCCGUUCUAUAAAUUUGGAAAUUUGCAGAAAACUCGGCGCUUUUGAUGCCAGCAUGCAACCAGGUUUCAGAAAAAACAAUUACAUCGUACUCACAUUCAGCCAGGGCGACGAACAAGUCUCUAGUUUUUGUGCGCAAGCCUCGAACAUUUUGAUAAUAAAUCGUCAAUUCUUGCUUGCGAUUUGUGCUCACGGACGAUUUGCGCUGCUUACUAGGGAGCGUCGAGAGAGCGACGUCGGUUUGGGACGAUAAGCAAACAAUAUCGGAAUGUUUUGCUUCACUCGCGUCGAUGUUGAUAAGAGCGUCGUCGAGGGCCGACGUCCUAUUUACAAGUUGUGUUCUGGAUAAGUUCGGUGCGAAGGAUUGUGCAAAUCCGGAUUGCUCCACAGGAAAAGGUGAGCUAUAUUGUUGCUAUGCGUUUUGAGGUAAAGCAACGGCUUUCGUUUUUUCGUAGGGAGAUAUGACGAUACCAGCUGGCCAAAAACCUUUUGCGGUAAGUGCAGAUGAGAAGUUUUUAUGUAUGGAAAUUUUGAACGAGAUGAAACUUGUUCUUUUCCCCAACUUUGUCAUCGUGCUGCAGGUUACGGCGGACUCGGGAAUAUUUUUGGAAACGAUGAACUUGACCACGUCGUUGCAUGAUGUAGUCGGUGUAAAGUUUCGAGCACAAAAUGUUGCCAGGAUGAAAAGGGCACUGACGAUGGGUAACUCGGUGGAAAGAACUGAGUCGGAGGCUGCAUAAACCAACCAUUUGGCGAGAAACUGGUCGGUGGAACGCUGUAUGGUGGCCACAUCGGCGGAUAGUAAAUGGCGCGUGAUUUUGAGCAGCAUCAAGUUGAUUGGAAGGAGCAUCUCUAGUCAGAUCGACAAAGUUAGCCGAAACAGGAGCAGUUAUUACAUGGUUCUGUUGCGGGUCAGGCUCGCGGAAUUAGGCUUCUCGGGCAGAGGCAGUGUACUUGAAGCAGGCCUGAACGAAGAAGAAGCGGCGGCAGUGCGCUUAUUCUGCGAGACGUUCACUGAGUUGGCUUUACGUUUGCGAGAGGUAGGACAACCUUCAUCAUCUAGAUUGUUGACUCGAAGCAGUCGAUCCAUGGAUGCAUCUAGGGACUCACGAACCCUCUCGUGAAUGUCAGAAAAAGGAUCUUCAGGGCGCGACGGUAGUGAAGAGCGUGCUGACAUCAACUCAACAUUGAUAGCAUUUGUGGAGGCGUUGACUGCGGCGAGCUCAGUAAUCAUUUUGGAGUUGGUGUCGAGUUUCAUUGCAAGGACAUCGAAGAAUUCAUCUGAAUGUUGCAACCUACAAUCAGAACACAGCCAUAAUAUUCCGUCGUUUUCCUGGUGAGCCUUGAGUUGAGGUCCCGAGACACGAGCGCAUGAGAUGUGAAAUGUUUUCCUACAUUUCCCGUUGCAUUUUAUGACCCGUGCAUUUUUCUCAGGAUCGGAACAAUUUAUGAAUUCGCAAACAGACAUUGUUGUCUAUGUUAACGAGUGAUUUGAGGUUAUAUGAUAAGCACCGCAAAAUAAAAACAAAUAACAGAGUGGCUCUGAGAGCUGCACCGGUUUUUUUAUUUCACGAGAAAAUUAGCCUAACAAUUGAUAACCAGUAAACCUUGAGUUAAUCGUAACAUGCCAAGAUAUCGUCCGCCUAAUGAUAGUAUUCGAAUUGAUUUUAAAGGUAAAUUUCACCAAU